AUGACAACAUGCUCUUCCAUGUCCGAUAUUUUCACUCUCAUUUUUCAGUUCAAUUUAUCAAGUGAAUUCGGACAAACAGCCCAGCUGAUACGGCAAUAAUGCGAAUCCGCCAGAGCUCAAAUGUCUUUCUUCUUGGUGUGACUGCUGGCUUGACACUAACUGGGCUGAUUUUCUUUGGCUGCACCACCAUAUGGUUCAGAAAUCAACAAAUGGACAACUUUGGUCGGACGGAUGUUGUUACUGUGACACCAUGGCUGGCCCCAGUUGUUUGGAAGGGAACCUUUGACUCCAAACUGAUUGACUCUAUCUACAAACGGCAAAACAUCACUGUAGCGACCACAGUCUUCGCCCUUGGAAAAUACACGCGUUUUCUCAAAGAUCUUCUAGAGUCAGCGGAGGAGCAUUACUUUGUUGGAUUUCGAGUCCAUUAUUACCUGUUCACGGAUCAGCCUGAAGCAGUUCCUGAAGUAAAGAUGGGUGAAAACCAUCGUUUGACAGUCAGAAAGGUCCCAAGUUUGGACCGAUGGCAGGACAUCAGUAUGGGCAGGAUGGAGAUACUGGAAAAACUAAUAGCAAAUGAACUGAUGCAUGAGGCCAACUAUAUAUUCUGUCUUGACGUGGACACUAAGUUUUAUGGUCGCUGGGGAUCAGAGACUUUGGGUAAUCUGGUAGGAGUGAUUCACCCUUGGUUCUUUGAUUAUCCAAGGGAUUCGUUCACAUAUGAGCGAAGACCGGAGUCUAAAGCGUUCAUUCCAGCUGGGGAAGGUGAUUAUUAUUACACUGCUGCCGCAUUUGGUGGCACAUUAGAGGAAAUCCAUCGUCUCACCAAAACCUGCCGCGAGCAGCUGAACGCUGAUCAUGAAAACUCCAUUGAGGCGAUAUGGCAUGAGGAGUCUCACUUGAACAAGUACUUCCUUUACAACAAACCCACUAAGCUGCUGUCACCUGAGUAUCUGUGGCGGGACAUCAACAUAAGUGCAGGACAAAUAAAAAUUAUUCGCUUCUCUCAUGUGGCUAAAAACAAUGCAGAGGUUCGUCCAAACUUGUAGCAUAUUUCAGGAUGUUUACAUCCACAUCAGCAGGUUCAUGUUUCUCACAAAAGCAUUACCUUAUUCAUUUUGAGGCACAAACUGGUCAAAUGAAUCAUGAUUGAUGUGUUUUUUAAUUGUUUGUUUACAUUUAAAUCUUGCAUACAUUACUGAAUGUCUGAUAUCUGAAUUCAUCUAAAACCGUACUAAAUGAUGAUUAACAGUGUCAUGACGAAUUUCAAAUAUAAGUCAGAUGAGCCAUGUGUAUAAUAUAAUGUGAAAAUAUAAUGUUGUGUAUAUAAUGUGAGCCGUGAAUGAGUAGUAUAUAAUGAUAUUUAAAGCUAUC